AUGGACCCACGCGAUCAGGCGCGCCUCCUCAGGCUUGAACACGGCGGACAUGGCCAAAACUUCGGAAACAACAACCUCUCAGGCUACGGUGGUGGUGGUGCCAGCUCCACUCCACCCACAGCCCAGCGGGUCGACUGGUCUUACCAGAGAAACGCCACGAACAACGGUACGGUUGCUUUACCAGCAAAUUAUCCUCGUCAGCCGGGCACGAAUACCAACUUCGCCAGCCCCCGCCGGGACCCGAAGUCCCCAGCCACGCAGGAGCUGAAAACCCCCACCGAAAACCCCCGGACCCUAGACCCGGCCCUGUUGACUCCAGCUAGCUUCUUGGAGCAUACCAGACUGGAAGGACCGACCGCGAACACAUGCCUGGUCUGCAACGUCUCGUUCCAGACCAACUCCGGGCUGGAGAGUCAUGCAAAAGACGCCGGGCACUCCGCCUUCCUGUGUGCAUGCGACACGGCCUUCGGCAGGCUCUCCUCCCUCGCAAGGCACAUCAACUCCAACACGGGAUCCGGGUUCCACUGCGAGCUGUGUGGGGACAAGGCUCUGCCCCGUCUCGACAAGCUAUAUGACCACCUGCGGGACGGCCACAAGGUCAGCCCGGCGGUUCUGGACCAGCACAGAAAUAAGGCACUGGGCCGUUCCAGGAAGAUAUCGAGGCCCAUCAAGCCGGCCCCGGCCCCGGUUGCCACUACCCAGGUUGCGCCUUCCGGCGGGUUUGGACCUUCUUGGUCCUCUGCCGGGCAGAUGAACGGCAUGGCUACGCGCCAUGCCAUGAAUAUGGCUCCAUCGAGUCUUAAUGGUAUUAAUCCUGCCCAACUUACAAGUUUCUCAGGACCUUACCCCUUUUAA